GCACACAAACAGAACUUGAUUUGUAUAUUCAAAUUCAAAACCCUUCAGUUUCUUAAUAUAUAUAUUAAUUAGCACCUCAAAGUUUUCCCAUUCCAAGUUGCCAAACUAGAAAACAAGGACCACGAAAGUUUCAAGAAACUGACAUAAAACUAAUUAAGUUUCUUAAACUAUAUCAACUUAUGUGAUGGGAUUUCCCAUUAUGGAGACCCUCAAAUUCUGGUUACAAGACCAUCCCUCCAUUGUAUCCUUCAGGUGGAGCCCGGCACUCUCGUGGGGCUCCACCUGGUUCUUUCUUAUCUCCGCCAUCUCUUUCUAUGUCACCGCCGCUGUCACUCUCCACCUUAUUCUCAGAUUCUUGGGCCGGCGACGUCCGGUCCCACUAGGCCCCAUCCCGGCCAUACACAACCUUGCCAUGUCCCUCACUUCCCUUACCAUAUUCACCGGCAUGCUCCUCUCCGCGAAAGCGGAACUGAGGGACACGCGGUGGUUGUGGAGACGCACAAGAACCACUCCGUUCGAGUGGUUCUUGUGCUUCCCCCUUGGGAUCCGCCCCUCCGGCCGCGUCUUCUUCUGGUCCUAUGCCUUCUACCUCUCUCGGUUCCUCCACAUGCUGCGAACAUUCUUCAUCGUUCUCCGGCACCGGAAGCUCUCGUUCUUCAGGCUGUUCAAUCACUCGAUUCUUCUGGUGAUGUCAUUCCUGUGGCUAGAAUUCACACAGUCCUUUCAGGUUCUGGCGAUCCUGUUUUCCACGGCGGUUAACACAGCGGUGUACGGGUACCGGUUGUGGGUUGAAAUAGGGUUGCCGGUGAGGAACUUCUGGUUCACGGUGGAUUGCCAGAUGGUGCUUCUAUGCUGCAAUUUGGUGUGCCAUUUUGGAGUGCUUCUGUUGCAUUAUCUGAGAGGAGGGUGCAAUGGGAUUGGAGCUUGGCUUUUCAAUUCUCUUUUGAAUGUUGCAAUUCUUAUGCUGUUCUUGAGAUCUUAUGUCAAUGAGUUUUGGCGGAGGAACCUUAAUAAUCCAACUUCUUAUUCUUCUUCCAAGGACUACUCGCCUAAGCAUGCAAAACUUAAUGGUAGUUAUGCAAAGUUAAAUUAACUUGUAUUAAUUAAGUGAUUAUUGCAGAGGCUAUGGACUAUGGUAGAUAGAUGUUUGAUUCAAAGUUUUUGAAUUUUAUUUUUAUUUUUUUAUUAUUCUACCAUUUCUUCAUUGGACUUUGUAUAUAUAUGUUAUGUAUAGAGCAAUUGUGAAGCUUCAUUGAUGAUAAAGUAAAUUCCGAAAUGAGUGACUCA